CAUGUAUAGACAGUCCACACCUUCUUGAAGGGCUAUCCUCGCUGUGAAGCCAUCGUACACCCCGGGACAAGAAAGAAAUUUGUCCGGAUCCGCCAACAUGCUUCUCAGCUUCUCAACUGCUGUCAUCCUUCUUUCGGGUGCUUUGCUGGAUCCCAUGUUUCCCUUCUCUUUUUCGCUCUCAAGGAUAUCAAUGAAUGGUAACGAUCAAGCUUUUCUCAAUGAAUGUUGCGUUUUGCUUUUCCUCGCUUUCAAGCCGCGCCAGAUCCGAUCCGUUUAAGAAGCACAACGUCCUCGUAAAGUACAGUGUGCUCAGGAACAGACACUCGGUGGCCUCACUUUUGCCCGCUGAGUAUCGGCGUCUUGCGUAUAUACUGUGGCGGAAUGGUAUGCCAGAUCCGGUAGUGAUAGUUAUUCGUCCGUCGCGACUAGGAGCCUGUCAACCCGAAAAGAGACCGGAGAUUUUCAAAAGUAAUAGUGUAAUUACCAACCGGAGCAAACUCCUAACGCCUUAUAUAGAAUCUAGAUAGCUAAACCUAAAAAAGUACGAAACGAAAAAUAAUGGUAACCACACCCUCAUGGAAAGAAAAACUACGCUGCACAUCUAUGACCGCCUAUCCCCAUCUUCUCGGCC